UUUUACUAUUUGACGUUUAUGUGACAGUCUGUUAGGGUAGACAUUUUAGAUUUUAAUAAAUUCUUGAACGUUUUCAUGGGAUUUAUUUUUGAUCGACCCAAUUAUUUAUGUAAGAAUUCAUAAGCUUUGCAGUAUUAAAAUGCUUUUCGUGAAUCUAAGACAAAAUUUUUAAUGAAAUUGCGGUUAAUGUUAUUAUCUGUUCUCUUGCUUUUUUAUUGAAAAUUACAAAUCUUACCAGUGGUUUUUUAAUAUUCAAUGUUUUUAAUUAAAGUAAUAGGUUAACUUUUUUGGUGUAUACAUUUAUCUGCUGAAGACAUUCAUGCUGAAAUCAUCUAAAGCCUCAUAUAUUGACAUCUAAAUUCUUAGAGAAAGGUGCGCGGCGCACGUCUCUGCCGACUCGUUCGGAGGUCGGCUUUGCGACCGAAACACUCGACACUGAUUUAGCUGAGGUGGACAGCGGCGGCGGUGGCUCGGCUGAAGUAAUGGUGUACUCGCUCGGCUGGGGCAUGGGGGAGCCGGAGCGGCGUGCGCUGGACCGCAAGCGUGCCCAGCCCGUCGCACACUCGCUCUCGCCCGACGAUGGACACGAGGUUGACGUGCUGCCUCUCCAUAAUCAGGUUGGCGGGCACACCAGACUCCUGGUCUUGAACGACAGUACGGUGAUCAAGCCUCUGAACAUACGCGAGCUGCAUUUCUACCAAAACAUUCCCGAAGACAUCCAGAGCUUCGUUCCCCGAUACAAAGGCGUGAUGCAGGCCUCAAACACGGGAAGCAUGAAAUUGGACAAGCGGUACUCUCCAUGUUUCCGCGACGAGAACGGGCGCAAGCAGUCGCUGGGAGGGAAGCGCAAGCGCGACGAUGUUUUCAAAUUUAAAGUGCAUCGAAACGGUAAUGCGAGCGAAGUUCUAAAGAGUAUUGCACACAUGGACAACUCCAAUAAGCAAUAUUUCUUAAUGAUGGAGAAUAUAACGUCGUCGUACCGGCGGCCGUGCGUGCUCGACCUCAAGAUGGGCACGCGGCAGCACGGAGACGACGCUACCGCGGAGAAACGCACCAAACAAAUCGCCAAGUGCGCCGCCAGCACCUCCGCAUCGCUCGGAGUGCGUCUCUGCGGCAUGCAGGUAUACGUCCCGGAGACGGGCGCCUGCGUGCGGCGGGACAAGUACUGGGGGCGCGCGCUUUCGGAGAGCGGCCUGCGCGAGGCGCUGCGAGACUUCUUCGCGGCGGGCGCGAGCGGCGUGCGCGCGCGCGUCGUGCGCCGCGUGCUGCGCGACCUGGACGCGCUGCGCCGCGCCAUCGCCAAGCAGACCAGCUACCGCUUCUACUCCUGUUCACUUCUGAUAGUAUACGAGGGCGACGUGGCGAACGAGUUCGUCACGGACGAGACGAGCGGUGGCGCCUCGUCCGAGUACGAGGGCGACGCCUCGGCCGGAUCCUCGGAGUCGGUUCCCUCGCCGGGCCACUUCGACAUGUCGACGUUGCACGAUGAGAUCUCGGGCGAUGCUCGCGAACCUUUCGUGCCGCACUCGGAGGAGACCAUGGGCGGCUACGAGGAGGGCGAGGUGAGCGCGCCGAGCGAGCCUACGGAGGCGCGUUCGAGUCGCGGACGCGCCUCCCCGCGGCUACAGCCGCCGAGCCCGGACUCGGCUGACAGCUGGAUGGCGUAUUCGUCCACGAGCAGCGAGUCGUGGCGCCACGAGGGCGAGGCGGAGGCGGAGGCGGAGGACGCGGCCACCAAGCGCGCGCGCACGCGGCCCGUGUGGCCCGCGCCGCCGCCCGCGCCGCCCGCGCCGCCUGCGCCGCCCGACGAGCGCGUCGACAUCCGCAUGAUCGACUUCGCGCACACGGCCUUCGCGGGCGCCGACGCCGAGUCCCCGCUGGCCACGGCCACGCCGCACCACGGGCCCGAUUGCGGCUUCCUCACGGGCGUGGACUCGCUCAAGCGCCUGCUCACCGAGAUCCUUCACCCGCAGCCCUACAGUUAAUGAGGCCCCGUCCGCGCCGCCUCGGCGCACUCUAGACAAAACUUGCAAUAAUAUAAUCCCCUAUCGGUCGAAGUCGGAGAGGGCCGCGGUCGGUCCCGCCCCGGAGAACUCGAUGGAUACGGUCGGUACGUACGGUACGUUCGGCUCGCCCGCUUCGAGGUUCGACGUGAAAUAUAUUCGAAAGAGACUAUUUCCUUAAAAUUAUAAAAUAUUCGACUGAACGCUCCUACUGACCUUAGUUAACCCGUGAGGAGGCGCGCCCUGAAAAUAUACACGAUGAGGCGCGCGCGAGCAAAAUGCUCACAUUACGUCAAAUAAGAUUUUUUAAUUAACUAUUGAUAAAUGUUAUACAUUUAAUAACAUCCAAAUAAAUAAAAGACA